GGUGAAAUAAUUAUAAUGCUGAAGGAUCCUCAAGCGAUUGGCUGCCAAAUCCAUGAACAGGAAAAUACGAGACAUCACAGAAGCCUGGUGAAAAUGGAAGUAGCUGUACCAGAGGAACCUCAGAAGAAAAUCUUUCGUGCACGGAAAACGAUGAAGAUGAGCGAUCGGCAGCAACUGGAAGCUCUGCACAACACCUUGGCAGCCGCCACCUCCAGCUCCGCCUCUUACUCAUCUUCCUCCUCUCCACCUCAGACACCACUGGUCAAUGGCGCCCACACCGAAAAGGAGAAAGAGAAAGUCAAGGAGAAAGACCCGAAUUGUAAAGAGGCCGACUUGAUGUCACCUGCCCCUGAUUCAGCUCACUGUUCCCCUUCUCCAUCUUUCACCCUCUCUCGAUCUCCUUCUCCACCCAACACACAAACUACCUCACCUUCUCUGGAUAUUGACGACCCCCUUGUGGCCACAGAAGAGAAAAAGGAGACAAGCAAUAAAAGUUCCUCCUCUUCUCUUUCUGCUUCCCCCUCUGGGUUGCACUGUGAUCCAGAGGUUAAAGAAGGAUUUCUGUGCUUGAGCGAAGAGGAUGAAAUCCAAGCAGAAAAAGAUGAAAAGAAAGACAGUAGUGGGGAGAAGAUGAAUGUAGACGAUGAGAAAGAGGACCAAAAAGAUGAAAAAGGCACUUCUGAGAAUGCAGGAGCAGACAACAGUGCCUCUGCUGGUACAAAGAGAUCGUUGUCCGAGGAGAAAGAUGAAGAUGACAAAGAAAUCAAGGACGAGAGAGACGGAAAACGAGCAAGGCUGGACGGCGAAGAGCUGGAGGCUCAGAUAGAGCUGAAAAUUACAGCCAAUGCUGGGAGCCGGCAUAAACUGGAGAAGAUGGUACAGCAGUUAGUCGAGGAACGGUUACGGGUGCUGCAGUUGACUGUAUUUGACCGAAGCAUAAAAGAGCUGAAAGAGAAAGUGGAGAAGAUUGACAACGCAACCAAACAACAGAAUACAAUGCAGCAUAUUAACACACUACAGGCUAAGAUUUCCCGGCUGGCCAAAAAGUUUGGUGCUGCUAAUCAGGCCUCGGAGAACUCAAAGAGAACUCAAGAGGCUCAUGCUGCCGCCGCUGCUGCUCAGGCCAACAAUGCAACCAACAUGACUACACCGCAACGUACUGUUAAAACCACAAUGGAUCCCAAACUGUCCAGUCCAGCCACUGGUUCUAAUACAACUGCAAUCCCAGCCCAGGCCAAACCUCUGUCCACACUGACUACACCAACCUCCUCCGCGCUAGCUUCUCCUGCACCCAUUCUACAGAUCAUUUCCACAACAACAAGCUCCACUCCCUCGUCCACCUCUUUGCCUGGCCAGUCUCAGACAGGCACCCUACUACUAAAGACUGGACCCAAUACAGGGGUCAUGACUAACACCCCAGCAACUUCAGGGGGUCAGUCAGUGUCUAUUCAGCCUCUUUUGAUUCAGCUGCCUUUAGCGAUGGCAAAUGGGCAAAGUGGGGCAUUGGUUAAUACUGCCAGUGGUGUCGGUUUAAUACCGGUGUCGUCAUUAUCUACGGUUAGUAGCAACAAUAAGGCAAAGAUGACUACACCUGCUACCACCUUCAUCCUUCAAAAGCCAGCAGGCAGCGUUGUUUCGUCUUCCUCGACCUCGUCAGCUCCGGCGGUGUCGUUAGCGAGAGCCGUGUAUCCGGGUGGCACAGGGACCGUUAGUUCACCCAGUACAGGGAUAUCUGUGACUACAGCCCGAACACCUACACAGUGUGCUGCUGUUGUGGGAGUGAGUACAGCGGCCUCUUCUCCAGGAACCACGGGACCUGCGGCGACAGGAUCAGCGGCAGCUGCAGCUGGUCCACCGUCGGCUUCCGCGCUGGCCUCAAAGACAGAUAACCAGGCCUCAACACCGAAAACACCCUCUCAGACCGGGCGGCCCAAAGGUUCUGUGAUAGAUCUGACAGAAGAUGAUGAUGAUGUGCAAGUGACAGGAGUCCAGAAGGCCACUGUUUCCCCCAUCACUACCCAACGUGCAUCUGGGCCACCUCCUUUAGUCAGCUCUACCACUAAUGCUGGAGCUCGAUCGGCACAACGUUCCUCUGUGGAUUCUCCAUCUCUAUCCCGUCCAAGCUCCUCUUCCUCCACCACUCUUCCUCCAUUACCACUGGCACCAUCGCCACCGGCACGACUCCCCCCCGAGGCCGCCCACACGUCCCCUCCACAGCAGCCCCAGCUCAAACUGGCCCGCGUCCAGAGCCAAAACGGGAUCGUCCUGGGGGAUAGUGUGCACAUUGGGACGCAGAGAGAAGUAUGA